AUGAGCCUAUUUUUUACAGAAACAGCUUCAAAAAGCAAUCAGGUAAAUAAAGCUACAAUUAAGCAAUGCCUUAGAGGAGAAGAUCCUGAAAAAUUGAAAUCUGCAUUGCAAUCAUUUAAGAAAUCAAGUCAGUUUGAUCAAGAAUUUCUUGAUGAAUCAUUAAUGCAAUGCUCCAAACAGGAUCAAGGUGAUUUCGUAAAAGUUUUACUUGAAGAAGGCGCUAAUCCGAAUUCAGGAUCUUUCAGAACUCCACUACAGUGGGCAUUAAUGAUGAAUAAGGAAAAUUCGGCCCAAGCGCUUAUACUAGGCGGAGCUGAUGUGGAUUUCGGAAAUCCACCACCAAUUACAAUUGCUGCAAGUUUAGGAAGAUUGAAUUCAGUUAAACUUAUACUUGAAAAAGGUGUAGAUGUAAACAAAAUGGAUACAGAUAACAGAACCGCCCUUGAUUUAGCCGAAAAUUAUAAGCAUACUGAAAUUGCGAGACUUCUUAGAGAUGCUGGAUGCCAUAAGUCAUCCAAAGCAAUAUUAGGAUUCCAUUGA